AUGUCUCCGUCAACAUCAUAUUUUCGUUUGAACACCCACUUACCUCAUAAUUUAUUAGUAUGCAGUGAAUCAAUUUCACUUUCCAUUGCUUUCAUCCAAUCAUUUUUCUCAGGACUGGAAAGUGCUUCUUUCACUGUUAACAGAUCAUUCAAUCUGAUUUGUCUCUGUUUAUCUGUAUUUUUUUUCUCUCUCUCUGUUUCUAGAUGCCUGGCUCAGGCACAUUUGUAUCUCACUGUUUGUCUCUCUGACUAUCUCUGUCUCUCUUUGCCUGUAUCUGUCUGUCUGUUUCUCUCGCGUUCUUUGUAUGUCUGCCUCUCUCUCUCUGUUUCUUUGGGUUAUCAAAUACCUGCUCAGGAACAUUUGUAUCUCACUGUCUGUCUCUCUGUCUGUCUCUCUCUCUGCCUGUCUCUGUCUCUCUUUGCCUUUGUCUGUCUGUCUCUCUCUCGCUUCCUUUGUAUGUCUGCCUCUCUCUCUGUUACUUUGUGCUUUCAAAUACCUGCUCAGGCACAUUUGUGCCUCACUGUUUGUCUCUCUGUCUGUCUUUGCCUGUGUCUGUUAGUCUUUCUCUGUGUUCGUCUAUCUCUCUCUCUCUCUCUCUCUCUGUCUUUGCCUAUUUUUCUCUCUUUCUCUGCCUGUGUUUGUCUGUCUGUCUUUCUCUCUGUUUCUCUUUCUCUCUGUGUUUUCAAGUGUCUGCUCAGGCACAUUUAUGUCUCUCUCUGUUUCUCUGUGUCUCUCUGUUUAUCUCUGUCUCUCUGUCUCAGUGCCUGUCUCUAUCUCACUUUGCCUGUGUUUGUCUCUCUCUGCCUGUGUCAGUCUGUCUCACUGCUUCUCUCUCUCUCUCUCUCUCUCUCUCUCUCUCUCUGCCAAUGUGUGUCUCUCUCCCUGCCUGUGAUUCUCUCUUUCUCUGCCUGUGUCUGUCUGUCUGUCUCUCUCUCUCUGCAUAUGUGUGUAUGUAUCUCUCUAUUUCUCUGCCUGUGUGUGUCUGUUUGUCUGUCUCUCUCUCUCCACCUGUGUUUGUGUUGUGUACCUCUCUACCCGCCUGAAUCUGCCUAUCUCUCUCUACUGCCUGCUCUUUCUCUUUCUGACUCUCUCUCAAUCUACCUUUGUGUGUAUCUCUCUCUCUCUGUGUCUGUAUCUCUCUCUCUCUCUCUCUCUCUCUGUGCCUCUCUCUUUCUUUACCUGUUUCUGUCACUCUGUUUCUAUUCAUGCCGACCUAUUCCUGUCAAACUAUUUCUCCACCUCUACACUGAAUCCAAGUCACUACCCACUACUCCACCGUGCCUCUCUCUCUCUCUCUCUCUCUCUCUCUCUCUCUCUCUCUCUCUCUCUCUCUAUGUUGUAGUCAUUUUUAUUCUUCUUUUUUUAAUCAACUCUUUCUUUUGUUUUUUUAAUCUUUCAUUUUUUUUCUUGUUCAUCUGUUUCUCUCUUUUUUUUCUCUUUUUGCUAUUUCACUUUUUCUGCCUUUCACUCUCUCUCUCUCUCCCUCUCUCUCUCUUUCAUGCUCGUUUUCAGUUUCCCUUUCUCUUUCACUCACUUUUUUCACUCUCUCUUUCAGUCUCAGUUACUCUCUUUCACUUUUCACUCUCACUCUAUUUCGCUUUUCUCUCUCUUUCAUUCUAUUUCCCCUUUCUCUCUCUUUCACUUUUCUCUCUCUCUCUCUCACUUUUCCACUUUUUCGCUUUCAGUCUAUCUUUCACUCUUCUCUCUCUCACUUUAUUCUGCCUUUCUCUCUCUUUUAUUCUAUUUCACUUUUCUCUCUUUUGCUCUAUUUUGCUUUUCUCUUUCUUUCCCUCUUCUCUUUCUUUCACUCUUCUCUCCCUUUUAUUCUAUUUUGCUUUUCUCUCUCUUUCACUUUCAGUCUCUCUUUCAUUCUUCUCUCUCUCAUUCUAUCUUGCCUUUCUCUUUCUAUCAUUCUAUUUCACCUUUCUCUCUCUUUCCCUCUAUUUCUCUUUUCUCUGUCUUUCACACUUUUUCUCUUUUCUCUCUCUUUCACUCUUUUUCUCUUUUCUCUCUUUCAUUGUUUCCUUCUUUCACCUUUCUCUCUCUUUCCCUCUAUUUCUCUUUUCUCUCUCUUUCACUCUUUUUCUCUUUUCUCUCUUUCAUUGUUUCCCUCUUUCACCUUUUUCUCUCUUUCCCUCUAUUUCUCUUUUCUCUCUCUUUCACCCCUAUUUCUCUUUUCUCUCUCUUUCACUCUAUUUCUCUUUUCUCUCUUUCAUUGUUUCCUUCUUUCACCUUUCUCUCUCUUUCCCUCUAUUUCUCUUUUCUCUCUCUUUCACACAUUUUCUCUUUUCUCUCUCUUUCACUCUUCUUCUCUUUUCUCUCUUUCAUUGUUUACUUCUUUCACCUUUCUCUCUCUUUCCCUCUAUUUCUCUUUUCUCUCUCUUUCACACUUUUUCUCUUUUCUCUCUCUUUCACUCUAUUUCUCUUUUCUCUCUUUCAUUGUUUCCUUCUUUCACCUUUCUCUCUCUUUCCCUCUAUUUCUCUUUUCUCUGUCUUUCACACUUUUUCUCUUUUCUCUCUCUUUUAUUUCUCUUUUCUCUCUCUUUUUUUUUCUCUUUCUCUCAUUUCCUCUUUUCUCUUUCUCUCUCUUUCACUUUUCUCUUUUUCUCUCUCUCUCUCUUUUCUCUUUUCUCUCUUUUCUCUGUCUUUCACCUUUUUCUCUUUUCUCUCUUUCCUCUUUUUCUCUUUUCUCUCUUUUCUCUUUUCUCUCUUUCACUCUAUUUCUCUUUUCUCUCUUUCAUUCUUUAUUUCUUUUUUUCUCUCUUUUCUCUUUAUUUCUCUUUUCUCUCUCUUUCUCUUUAUUUCUCUUUUUCUCUCUUUCUUUAUUUCCUCUCUCUUUCACUCUAUUUCUCUUUUUCUCUCUUUAUUUCUUUUUCUUUCUCUCUCUUUCUCUAUUUCUCUUUUCUCUCUCUUUCCCUCUAUUUCUCUUUUCUCUCUCUUUCACUCUAUUUCUCUUUUCUCUCUUUCAUUGUUUCCUUCUUUCACCUUUCUCUCUCUUUCCCUCUAUUUCUCUUUUCUCUCUCUUUCCCUCUAUUUCUCUUUUCUCUCUCUUUCACUCUAUUUCUCUUUUCUCUCUUUCAUUGUUUCCUUCUUUCACCUUUCUCUCUCUUUCCCUCUAUUUCUCUUUCUCUCUUUCUCUCUCUUUCUCUCUCUUUCUCUUUCUCUUUCUCUUUUCUCUCUUUAUUGUUUUUUCUUUCUCUUUCUCUCUCUUUUCCCUCCUUUCUCUUUCUCUCUCUCUUUCCCUCUAUUUCUCUUUUCUCUCUCUUUUCUUUCUAUUUCUCUUUUCAUUGUUUCUCUUUCUUUCUCUUUUUUCCUCUCUUCUCUCUCUUUCCCUCUUUUCUCUUUUCUCUCUCUUUCCCUCUAUUUCCCUCUUUUCUCUCUCUCUUUCCUCUAUUUCUCUUUUCUCUCUUUCAUUGUUUCCUUCUUUCACCUUUCUCUCUCUUUCCCUCUAUUUCUCUUUUCUCUCUCUUUCCCUCUAUUUCUCUUUUCUCUCUCUUUCACUCUAUUUCUCUUUUCUCUCUUUCAUUGUUUCCUUCUUUCACCUUUCUCUCUCUUUCACUCUAUUUCUCUUUUCUCUCUCUUUCCCUCUAUUUCUCUUUUCUCUCUCUUUCACCCCUAUUUCUCUUUUCUCUCUUUCACUGUUUCCUUCUUUCACCUUUCUCUCUCUUUCUCUUUAUUUCUCUUUUCUCUCUCUUUCUCUUUAUUUUUCUUUUCUCUCUCUUUCCCUCUAUUUCUCUUUUCUCUCUUUCAUUGUUUCCCUCUUUCACCCUUUUCUCUCUUUCACUCAGAUGA